CCCUUUUUAAGAGAAAAAGCUAGGAACUGUGGAAAGAUCCCUAUACUGCCUCCCUAUUCUGAGGAAGUAGAAAUCUGUGAACUGUCAUUUCAAAACAAAAAUGAGUGAGAGGCAAGGUGCUGGAGCAACAAAUGAAAAAGACAAGACAUCUGGUGAGAAUGAUGGACAGAAGAAAGUUCAAGAGGAUUUUGACAUAGACAUGGAUGCACCAGAGACAGAGAGAGCUGCAGUGGCAAUACAGUCUCAGUUCAGAAAAUUUCAGAAGAAAAAAGCUGGGUCCCAGUCCUAGUAGCUACCUCAUAGUUUAAAGUAAUAGUUCUGAAGUGAUCUACCAUGACAUUAAGAAUUAAAAUUAAGAUGCAUGUACAGGAAUUCUAAAUAUUUAAAAUCUCAUUGGCAGGUAUAAAAAUAACCAGCUUGUGUGUGGCUUCAUCCCUGUGCUUAUCUCCCAUUCCACUUCUUCUGUAACUCACCAUUUUACUUGAUGUUGUAAUAAAAAGUUAGGAUGAAGUAAU